UCUCUGGCGACCACGUUUUCGACCCUAGGAAGCCCAGUCCAGGUUUGCAGACGAAAGGUCCAUUUCUGCCAAGUGACCUCAUUAGGACCUGUGCGUGGAGGGGCUCGACAUGUGCGCAGUCCAAAGUGCAUCUUCGCGAGACAGUCCCGGAGGGCGAGUGGGACUGGAAGGAACAGGGGCGCAGAGCUCCAGGGGUCCGUGGAAAAGCUGGCCUGCUGCAAGAGGACCUGGACCCGCCGAGCUGGAGCUGGACGUGGAGUGCCGCGGGGCCCGGGCGGCGGCUGCCGGGCAGCGCCUCCUGCAGCCCGAGGCCCUGGCGAGCAGCGAGCGGAGAGGCCGGGCGGGGAGCGCGCUGCGCUGGUUCACCACCGUGGUCCUUUGUGCCGCCUUCCUGGGCAUGGGCACAAGUGCUGCCAUCCUGGGACCCACAUUUCAAGAUCUGGCGAGAAAUGUGAACCGAAACAUCAGCAGUCUUUCCGAAAUAUUUGUGGGUCGUGCUUUAGGGUACCUAUGUGGCUCUGUGAUUGGUGGAGUUCUUUUUGACUGUAUGAAUCACUUUUUACUUUUGGGAAUGUCCCUGUCAGCCACGACAGCUGGUCUUUACCUCAUUCCUUUCUGCAAGACAGCGGUGGUCCUGGUCAUCGUGAUGUCUGCCAUCAGUGUCUCAUUUGGCAUUCUGGAUACAGGUGGGAACGUCCUCAUCUUGGCUCUUUGGGGAGACAGAGGAGCCCCACACAUGCAGGCCUUGCACUUCAGUUUUGCCUUGGGUGCCUUUCUGGCUCCCCUGCUGGCUAAGUUGGCGUGGGGUACCACGGCGCCUGCAGGAAACCACACGGAGCCCGGCUGGCACCCUGGAGCCCUGAACUCAUCCUCAGAAGCCCACGCUCGCUCUCUGUUUGGAGUUCCCGACGACAUGAACUUAGUGUGGGCCUAUGCUUCCAUCGGCACCUACAUUUUAGUAGUUUCUGUCUUUCUGGUUGCUCCGUUUUUUAAGAAAAACUCAAGGCAGACAAAAUCUACAUCAACCGCUCCCGGGUCUCGAAGAGCUAAAUACCAUAAAACCCUUCUCUGCCUCCUUUUUGUCUUCUUCUUCUUUUACGUCGGGGCUGAGGUGACAUAUGGCUCUUACAUAUUCUCCUUUGCCACCACCCACGUUGGCAUGGAAGAAAGCCAAGCGGCCGGGUUGAACUCUGUCUUCUGGGGCACCUUUGCCGCCUGCAGGGGCCUGGCCAUCUUCUUUGCCAGAUAUUUACAGCCUGGAACCAUGAUUGUGCUGAGCAACGUUGGGAGUCUGGUCUCGUGUUUAUUUCUGGUGCUUUUUGACAAGAGCCCGCUUUGUCUCUGGAUGGCAUCUGCAGUGUAUGGAGCCUCGAUGGCCACUACCUUUCCCAGCGGGGUUUCCUGGAUGGAGCAGUACACGACCCUGAAUGGGAAGUCUACAGCAUUCAUUUUAGUUGGUGCCGCCCUGGGACUAAUGGCUAUUCCUGCACUAUCUGGAAUUCUUCAAGGCCAAUACCCAAGCUUGCCCUUAGUUCUGUACACAUGCUUGGGGUCAACAGUAUUCACGACCGUUUUAUUUCCUGUGAUGUAUAAAUUUGCCAUCUUUCCCUUGGAUCAUAAGCACGAAGGAAACAUCAAUUGUGAGGGUCAGGAAAUGUCCUCUAGUUCUGGGCCUCGAGGAAGAAAAUGAAGGGAGGAUGCCAAAAAUAAAUAAGUAAAUAAAGGAAUAAAGGGAAAGAAGAAAGAGUAAAUACCGGCAACUUUUGCUUUGUAGCUCUGACCCGUGUAGUGAUUCCCUGUGAAGUACUGGGACCAAAAGGCCUAACACAGGGAGGAUGGGUAAUGACUGACUUCACUGAAUGAUCGCACUUCUAAAGCGGCCAGUCACAGCACAGAAUUAGAUUUCCAACAGAUUUGGCGAUCAAAGUGUCUAGGUCCUAGCGCCAACAGUAAAAUAUUUUGAAGUACUCUGUAAGUCCCACAGUCUUGCUCCUGUCCUCAUGUUUGGCAGAUGGUAGGUAAUAUUUUAUAGUCUCCGUCUUUCAGAGAGGGCACAGGAGCUUUUUUUGGUUGGUUUUAUGUCCUGUUUAUUUACUUUCUUUUUUUUAAAAUUAUUUAUUUAUUUGUUUGAGAGCGACACACACA